CGCCCCGCCACCCCGCCCGCGUCCCCGGCGGCGGGAGCUCGGGGGCGGCCGGCUGCAUGCGAGACCUGCGCGGACCCCGCGGCGGACGGCGGCGGCUCUCGACCCGGGGAAGCCGAGCGCGCCAACCAUGGCCUCCAACUUUAACGACAUAGUCAAGCAGGGCUACGUGAAAAUCCGCAGCAGGAAGCUGGGGAUUUUCAGACGUUGCUGGUUGGUUUUCAAGAAGGCAUCUAGUAAAGGACCCAGAAGGCUAGAAAAAUUUCCCGAUGAGAAGGCAGCAUAUUUCAGGAACUUUCAUAAGGUAACUGAACUGCACAACAUCAAAAAUAUAACCAGGCUGCCUCGAGAGACAAAGAAGCAUGCAGUGGCAAUUAUCUUUCAUGAUGAAACGUCAAAGACAUUUGCGUGUGAGUCAGAGCUGGAGGCUGAGGAGUGGUGCAAACACCUCUGCAUGGAGUGUCUGGGGACCCGGCUCAAUGACAUCAGCCUCGGGGAGCCCGAUCUCCUGGCGGCAGGCGUGCAGAGGGAGCAGAACGAACGAUUCAAUGUGUACCUUAUGCCUACACCAAAUCUGGACAUUUAUGGCGAAUGCACAAUGCAGAUCACACACGAGAAUAUCUAUCUCUGGGAUAUCCACAAUGCCAAGGUCAAGCUGGUGAUGUGGCCCCUCAGCUCACUGAGGAGAUAUGGGCGGGACUCGACGUGGUUCACAUUUGAGUCGGGCAGAAUGUGUGACACAGGAGAAGGCCUGUUCACUUUUCAAACAAGGGAAGGAGAAAUGAUCUAUCAGAAGGUCCAUUCUGCGACACUGGCCAUAGCUGAGCAGCAUGAGAGAUUAAUGCUAGAAAUGGAGCAGAAGGCCCGGCUCCAGACAAGCUUGACGGAACCCAUGACGUUAUCCAAAUCGAUCUCUCUUCCUCGCAGCGCCUACUGGCACCACAUCACCCGGCAGAGCAGUGUUGGAGAAAUCUACAGUUUGCAAGGUCACGGUUUCGGGCCCUCGAAGAUGUCACGUGCGCAGACCUUCCCCAGCUAUGCCUCGGAGCAGAGCGAGGAGACGCAGCCGGCCCUAUCGCGCUCCAGCAGCUACGGCUUCAGCUACAGCUCCAGCCUCAUCCAGUGACACCCAGGGGGAGGCUGAGACCAGAGAGACCGUCUGUCCGGACCGCCUGCCUGCCUGCGGGGCAUGCGCCCUCUGAGGACCAACUGCAGGGAACAUUGACCUGGGUCGGGUCUGGCCCCAGUCCCGGUAGAAGGUUCAAAACUGGAGUUCUGCUUCCUUGAUUCUGUGGCUAAGUCCUUUAUUUAUUGAGUUUCUUGGGAUGGGGUGGGGGGGAGGGGGGGAGUCGGUGUUUUACAAAAAUAGAAUUCAAAUCGUCUGAACAGUCAUUUAAAUAAAAUUCUUUGGGUCUGACAGCAGCAGGAACCUGGGCAGGGUGAGAAGUUGCCAAGCUGGACUGGACCGGACCUGGGUGAGGGCAUUACCCCUGGCAUUAUUACUCUGGGCUCAGUCCUCCCACCUGAUGAGAGGUCUGUCUUUGGGCAGAAAGGUGACCCGCCACAAGCUGUGUGGCUCGGAGAAUUUCAACAGGGACAAAUUCAGUAAGCUCUACAAAUGGUAUCACAACUCUCCAUAUAAGUAAGCCCAGUGACAAUUAAGGGAACACAAAAUUUAGAACACUAUUACCCAGGGCCUUGUAGCUCUAUUCUGUGUGUGUGCUGUGUGUGUGUGUGUGUGUGUGUGUGUAUGUCUGUAGACAAAUACAGAUAUGGAUAUUGCUGUAUCCAUCUAUAUCUAACACGUAUAUAUCCAUGUGUGCCGAGAGUGACAGGAUAUGCUCACUUAAAUUGUUGAAAACUGUAAUUUGGUGCAUUAAAAUUAAGAUUGUUAUGUUGAAUAACUAUUUUUAAAAUAGUCCUGUAAAAAAAAAAAAGGCUUCUUAUCAGCAAAGUAUUUAUGUAUUCACGUCUGCUCCUAUGACAAACCGAGGUGACAGUGUGAGAACGGGGAACUACUCUGGAAGCGAAGGAGGCAGUCUGGCUGUCCUGCUCGUCACGUCACGGCCCUGUCUUUCUCUUUAAGUACCCCUUGUUGUUGAUGGUGUUUCUCCCUUGGGCCCCCUCUGAGCUACAUGGGAAGAUAGGGUGUGAUCCCCAAUCAGCUUCCACUUAACCUGGAGGAAAAGGACUCUAAAUGACAAUCUGAUUAAGGGGAAAAAAAAAAAAAAAACCACUUUAAAAGAACUCAGACAUUUUGCAGUCAAGAGAAGAGCAUGGAAAGGAUGGUAGGUAUCAUUCUUAAGCGUUAGAGAUGCUGUUCUCAGAUAGCCAUCAGGGGCUUGUAAUUACUACAUAACCAGAAUUGGCGGGGUUUUACUCUCCUUUGACUGGAUUUGGGUUGGCUGGGAUUAUAAGAGAAAAUGUAUCCAACAACAACAGAAAGUUUUUUCAUCCCUGAGACUAAUGACAGACCUAUAAGGUUUAAAAGGAAGUGGUGAUUCCCACGUGAACUGGAGAAGUUUGGCUAAUUCAGGUCAACAUAGAUAUUUUUUUCUAGUUUGGAGUUUACUCAAGUAAAAAUAAAAAUCAUUCUGCCUGAAUUGUCUGAUGCCACGUGCCUAAAAUGGUCAGCUCCCAACACUCCAAGGUGGAUUUAAAGAACCAUGAUCCUAGGUCUUGUAAGAUGAAAACCUGAUUUUUUUUUCAAUAUCAAAAUUGUUUAAGCUUUCAGAGUUAGUCUAUUGAAAGGGUACCUGAUUUGCUGACCUGUGAUGAGACUUUUCUUUCACCCAUGGCCAUAGCUUGAAUGCAGAUUGACAGUUCAUUAUAGACAGUUACUACUAUAUAAAAGCAGUAUCCAGUCCCUCCUUGAAAAAUUUCACACUUAUAGCCACUACCUAGACUCUCCACAUCUCUCAGAUGAGUUUGAAAAUGCCAUCAAGAUGCUAAUCAUAAGAGUUAAUGUGGCUGCGAAAAAUAAUUAUCCUAAGCUUUCAGGGGUAAAAAGAAAAUUACUCAAACGCUCUGUGCUGUGACUUUUGCUGACACAGCAGAAGAGCAGGAGAUGGGUUGCUGAUGUUCAUACAGCCUUCCCUGAAGUCCCAGCUUCCAGGGUUGAACACCUCCGAAUUACCUGAGCACGUGGCAUUUGCGUUGGAAAUGCCCUUAAAGAAACACAUCAGAGCAACUCCUGGCUGAGACCAUUUGAGCCCAGCUCCUAGUGGUGCCGCGUUCACAGCAAGCCUCCUGCGGCUCACUCGGUAGAGCUGUUGCCUAGAGACCACAAGUUUCUACAAGGGACUUAGGGGGAGAGACCCUCAGAGGUCCUGAUUUACGUCUCAGCGUUAUUAAUGUGCCAGCAGUACAGACAGCAGGUCUGGGGAGGGGGCCGGGAGGGGGAGAUUCUGCUGAUUAGAUGAGUCUGCUCUUGUGUCUGUUUGGCAGGAGACACGAUACCUGCAUGAAGUAGUUUCCAGAAGGCCAUUUGCUUGUGAUCAUUACCAGUGAGUGUAACUGAGGAGGGGUCCCAAAGAUCAGGCAUAACCUUGGGCCAGUUCAUUCAGAGAAUCAUGUCAUAAAAGGAGUCAGUGAGAGAGAAAUUUCCUUCGUGUGUCAUUAACCCAGUCUUAUCACAAUGAGAAUAAUGCUAUAAAAGAUUUUGUGGUAAAUUUUUGGAGACUUAUUCUAGCCUACUCCUCUAGCUAUACUUAAAAUUGUAGCUAAGUCGAAACUGUUAAAUGAACAGAUAGGACAAUUUAUAUUAACCUAAUAUGCUUGGCAUAAGGCAAUGCACAUUGUAAUCAGCGUGACAAGCAGAUAAAUGUUCUACACAAACCAAAGAUGAAGUUACUGAACCAGUCUGCUGGAACUUCGUAAAGCCAGAAUCAUAGCAGUCAGAAGAGGGGUCAUAGGCGUGUAUCCAGCUCACUCGAGGUUGCAGGUUUUUGACUAAAGAUGCCUCUACACUUUGCAAGCAUUUCUCUCCCUUCAGAAACUAUCUUCUUCUUUAGUAUACGUGUGACUUUUUCAUCAUGAAGUAGUGACAGUUACAAACCAAAAACAUCUUUUGACUCCUUCUGAAACUCAGAUGGCUUUCCACCCAGAUUUAGACAGGUGGAUGAAGGAGUCAGAAUUCCCACAUCGGGUUGGAAGAAACUCAUGGUCAAAGAACCCAACACAAGUCACAAAGGCUCUUCUGAGCGCAGAGAAAGACUGGAAGACACAUAUAUUUCAUGGAAAGAUUAUCUGAAGGGAUUUAUUUUUUUAUGUCCCCGUUUUUUCUUCUGAUAAUAUUAAUUGCUGUACACACGACCAAGCCAUGAGGUUAUAUUUAUGCAGAGAAGUACAAAAUAACUGUGACCCAAUGGUUUUUUAUCCUGGUGGGAGGGAAAAAGAAAACAUUUCUUUCACUUAUUCAUCAAAUGAUACUAGGCACUCAGAACUAAAUUGUUUAUACAGUAAAUACUUAUGAAUCAGUAGGUUUUGGCCACUACUGCCAUUUGAACUUAAUGAAAUAAGAAAUACCUAUUUACUUAUAUGUUAGGGAAGAUGCUGUUUGAUAGAGCAUGUGAAAUAAAGUGAAAUGUGUUUAUUAAAAGUAAACCUCACCUUUUUCACCAAGUAGUGGAAAAGUGCUAGUCCUUGUAUCUUAUACAAUUUUCCUCUGUCUUCACUGGGCAAUUAUGUUUUGAAAAUAAUUUAUCACCUAUAAAAUGAUUAACCACUUAUUCUUUUUGUCCAGCAUAGAAGCAGUGGAUGGGUAAAUAACUCUGCACUGUUAGUAGUUUCUACAAAUCCAAUUUAUUGCAUGUGGUAUCUUUAUAGUAGAUAUUAAAAACAUAAAAAUUGAUGUCUGCCCCUCAUUCUUUGGCCAGAAUCUCAGAAAAUCAGUAAAAAGCAUGAGUACCCUACUCCCUAGGUUAUUUUAGCCAUUUACUAAAAUGGACCGCUAAUGCUACAGUGAAAAGAAGCUGAGAAAAUUAUAUUCUUGUAAAAAAAAAAUUAUAGUCCAGAUUUUAUUUUUACAACACAGCACAAUAAAUGUGCAGUCUACAUUCAGUGGGGCUGAACUUAGGCCUCUAACACUUUGUGUCUUAUAGCAAAUAUUAUACUGAAAACUGCUCAAAGUGAAAAUUAGACAUUUUCUCCAAAUCAAUGAUGACUUUGAAUACCUUUCAAUUUCAAAUUACUUUACCAAUUAUUAAUAUACUUUACAAUCCCCUGACCUUGGCCUUCUCAAAAUAGAUAAAAAUUUGCCACUGGACCUAUGGUAAUAAUUAUGGCAGGCAAUGUGCCACAUGAAUGCCCUUCUAGCCUUUGUAAUGUGUGGAGUGCAGUGUCCCCUGAAGGCAGGCAGAACAAGAUGACGGGAUGAGUCAGGAGAGCAACAGUUCAGACAAAAUUACAAAGACCCCAGGGAAGUGUCCAGCAUGACCCCAGACUCUGCUGUCUUCACAUUCUGACCUCAGUUCUAUGUCACAGAUGUGGCCUUUACUAGUUUCACCUCACACUAAGUAUGCAAUCAAAAGAAGACGUCAGUUUAUCAGGUUUUGAAGUCACCACAGAAAGACAACACGUAUCAAGUAUGCUUCCUUCGGUUUAGUGAACAUUAUCGCACACAAAAGAACGUGUAUCACAAAACACCCAUGGGUAAACAUCUCUUCAGUAACACGAUCAUCUCUGUACAGUCAACCUCAUUUGAGUUUCAACACAAAGGUGUAUUAGCUGUGACACUGCUUGGGGGCUGAUUAAAAGGUCAACAGCCUCACAUGUGUGUUCCCUAUCAGUCUAUUGGAAAGAGUCACCCAGUUUUGCUUUCUGAAAUGACCACAAAUCCUCCCUUUCUUACCUGAGAAUGUGAAUCUUUGUUGUACAUUUCUGCAACUAUUGCAAUUAGUGGAGACACAGGAUACUUCUUGGGGAAGUAUCAUUAGAUGUUGGACACCCUUUCUAGAUAGAUGGAAUGCUAGCCAGCUCUGAAAGCAGUCACGUAGAAGAACAUUUCCACUUUAUACUCUGCUCAGGAGAAAACCCAAACCUGUUGGUAUUGUAAUUCAUGUAAAGGCAAAGAAAUGGUCAGGAACAGUCCUGCCUCAUUCCAGGCUUCUAAUCCAGGAAUGUUUCCUUGGCUCAUGGCAUCUCCCAGUUAGACAUGGUGGGAGCUGAGAAAUGCCACACAAGUAAAUAGGCCCUUGCACGUGUAAGUGUCUCUCCCUGUUUUUCAGAUGUUUCUAACUCUUCCUGAACCCAUCACCACUAGUUCAAUAGAAAGGCUUGAUGAGGCAAUUCAUUAGACUGGUUGUAGGUCAUAAGUGAUUAGGAUAAGUUUUAUUACUUUUAUAUUAUUACUGAGUUCUUUGUUGGAAAUCCAGAUUUACUUAUCCUAAUGUGAUAGCUGAACAAAAAAAAUUAAGUAGAUGUCUAUGUUUUGUAUUCCUGCUAGUUCAUCAUAUAUAUUUAUGAGUAUUGUUUUGGGGAUCUUUAUCACUCUGUAGCACUUUUGUUUCAUUAUUUAUUGCAAUUGUCACAGCUUUGUUAGAUAAUAAUAUCUAGGCUACAUUUUUUCCCUGGGAACUCAAAAAGCUUCCAUUUUCAACUGAAAUUUGGGGAAUGGCAUUUUUUUACAUUAAAAUACCUUAAAUAUCAAGUUUUUUCUUACAUACUUCAGUAGGCAAUUAUUUAAAUUAACUUUAGAUAAGUAAAUAAGUUAAAUUAUUAAAUAAUAUGAAAAACACAUUUUACUUGUGAUUUUCAUACACUUUUCUCUUGUUGAAGAUUUUAACAUCUUGUAUACACUUAAAGGAGAGGAAAAAUACAUUUGUAAUCAAAAUACACCAACUUUAUUCUACUAAUUCUACCUAGUAAGUUUUUAUUUUGCUUUGUUUUCUCUGCCUGCUAUUCUGGUUUGAAGAAAAAUGACUGGAUUUAAAUUUUCUAAUAGUUAUUUUGGUAGGUUUAGUAGCUGACACAGUUAGCUUUUUCAGUCUGUGCUCUGAUUUUAGGAUGGUUUUAAGGAACAUAAAUUCAACCCUUUUUGUAGACACAGAAUUGUGAGUCAAAUGGCACAAGGUCUCCAUGCUAUCUCUGUAGUUGUGUUCAUGCUGGAACUUGAUUACUAUCUUAACACUCAAAUGAUCCACAUAAGACUCAUAAGAGUUGCUUAUUUUCAGGAAUCUGACAUUUAAAACCUAAAUUCAGGAGAAAAAGAAAACUGAGAUGAUUUAAAGAAUUUUUUUUUAAGUCACUGUAGGAUUUCUCUCAAAAAAAAAAUUAUGAGAGGGUUUUUAUGGUGUUUCAAUAUCAUUAACUAUUUGACAGAAGCUGAAAAGGCAGGAAAAGUGAAAAUGACAGGGGUAUCUUAAUAUUAAAUAUGAAUUAGAAAUUAGUAUGACUGAUAUAGGUUGACAAAUAAUUUGAUUAAUAAAAUUUAGAUUUACAUAUAUAUUGCAUAAUUCAAGGAACAAUGCUUUCUUUUAUCAAAAAUAUAUAUGGCUGUAUCGGUGGGCAGAGGGGGGCAAAAUGGAGCUCCAACUUUUUGUGACAACCUGAAAUAGAAUUUCUUUCCAGUUAUGAUACAAUUAUUUUAGUUAUAGCAGGCAGUAUAUAAAUCAUAGCAACGAAUCAGUCUACCCCUUGACAAUAAAUAAUGCAUGAAAGCCGGUACCGUCUUUACUGCAAAUGACAGGAGACCUCCUGGGACCUGCAGAGAACCUCUUACUCCACACAUGCCCUAUCUCUCUGUCACGCACACACAUUUUUUACUUUUUACCCACUGUCUAUGUUCCACUACAAUGAUCUUUUUCUUAGGUCUACACAGAAUUAUCCCAUCUUGUAAAUUCCUCAUCCCUAUGAAUCUUCAAACUAUAUUAAAUUGUGUGCUAUAUGCUUGCUUUAUGUAAAACUCUUUUAAAUUAAUUUAUAUAUACUUUGUGAAGUUUUAUACUGUACAUUGUAAACAUAUGUCAUUUGUCAUUGAUUCCAUUUACUGUUUAUGAGCAUUUCGGUAAAAACUGGACACUAGGCCCUUGUUAAAAAAUAAAAUAUCCAUUGCAAAUUUGCUUCUAUUGGAAAACAUGUGAUUUGACAUCCUUUAUCAUGAAUCACAAUUUAUCCCAGAUAAAUAACAGUUUGGGGACAUUUCUACUUAACAUUGGGCCACCUUUGGAAAAGGAAUGCAAAGAAAGAGCUGUCCCUGGAAACUAAAUGUGAAUUUCUGGCAGAACAGAAAAUAUUAUUAUAAUGCGGCAACAAUAAAAUUAGGAAAUUAAAUUAUUUAAAAAUCUGUCUGUGUGAUUAUUCCCCUUGGUAAAAUACAUGAAAUGCAUAGCUCAAGAAUUACCAUUUUCUGAAUUCAUAGUUUCUAUGUCUCAAUUCUUAAUAGAGAAAACUUAUUAACAUCUUAUUCAUAAUUUUAAGCAAUUUACAAAAGAUAUGACUACCAGGAAGAUGUUAUAGUUGCACAGUAUUAAAAUUUCCCCCACCCCACUGUAAAAAAGGAAAAGCAGUUCAAGAAUACAACUUUGCAUGAUCAAGACUUUGAACAUCUAAAUUGAUGGUUUUUACUCACGAGUUAUUUGAUAUUGUUGAAACUGUAAUAGUAUAUGAUUUCCUUAAUUUUUGUUAUUGUGUGAUGAGCUGUAACUAUGUAAUUAAACAGAAUUUUGACAAUCAUAUUCUGCUAACCUUUAAAAUGUCACUUAUUCCUUCACUUACUGGCUUGCUAUUUUCAAAAUAAAGUAAAAGAAGGCCUUUAUUAAAUG